CAAGCGGCGGCGGGUCGGCGGCGGCAGCGGCGGAGCGCCCCUUGGAGCCUCCUCUUCGCUGUCCGAGCCUAGCGGUGCCCCGGGCGAUGCCCCCGGGUCGGGAAGGUGGCGGGGUAGGCCGGCUGCGCUACCGCGCCCGCCCCGCCGGCGCCGCUCGCUGGUGGCGCGCGUCAUGGCCUCCAUCGGGACCAAGGCGGGCGAUGCGCGGUACAGGCGUCUCGAGCGGAGGAUCAAGAGCCUGCGGCGGCGCCACUGGAGCGCCGUCGCAACUUCCGCCGAGCGUGCCUUCCUUGUGGGAAGCCCUCGCGCGUACGCGCGGGCGGCGGCCGCGCUGGCGGCGGAGGAGGCGGAGCGGAGGGCAAACAUCGAGGCCGCCGCGAAGGAGGUGCCCGAUUUGGGCAUGUGCCAGCCUUGCGGGCCGCGGCAGCCGAGCUUUCCCCCGAACGGGGGAGUCCGGUUCCUGGCCGGGCCGGCGGUCCAGCGCGCGGUCGGGUGAGAGAGCACCGCGGGCGGGGAAGCACAGCCCGAGGCUGGUCCGAGCACAGCCCGAGGCUGGUCCGGGGAGAGACGAGAGCUUUCAAGUCACAAGUGCGCACUGUGCAGGCGCUGAUCAUAAAAGUCAU